GACCGUGGUACAACACAUGGGCAAUUAUGUUUAAAUAUUCUGUAUAAAAUAUUCUGUAGGCGAUUGCAAUGUACACUAAAUAUCCGAUUUGUUUAUAACAUUAGUCAGCAGUAUUAUAUUAACUGUAAUUUUAUGAGAUUAUUUAUGAAUGAUAAUAACAUAACCUCUACGUUAAUAUUUCAUUUGUAUAGAUUAUGACAAUCGUUACUUAUCUGUAAAAAACUUAUAUAUUUUAAAUAAUAUAAUAAAUAAUGACAAAUCCUAAUGCUGGCGUUUGUGAUAUAAAAAAAGAAUUCAUAAUUCAGAAGCAAGAUAAAAAUAAAAUAGUAAAAACUGAAAUAAUUAAUAAGCGUAAAUUAAGUGAAGAUGACGAUAUUGAAUCUAAAAAGCUCCGAGGUGAUGAAAAUGGGGAUGCGUCCAGUGAUAAAUGUAAGGUUAAAAGACGAGGCCAAAACAAAGCAAGACCAAAAACAUUUCAAGAUGAUAAACAAAGUAAACCAUGCCCAACCAUCAUAAAUAAUAUUUCCAAAGAUGAGAUUAAGCCAUGUCAGUUUACAAAGUGCAAAUACAUUCAUAAUCCCAUCGAGUACUUAAACUCAAAACAACAAGAUUUAGGUGAUGUAUGUCAUUUAUUUAACAUUCGAGGCAGGUGCCCUAGAGGAAUUACAUGUCGAUUUGGUUCCGGGCAUACAACAAAAGAUGGACUUAACAUUAUUGAUGAAACUAAAAUAAGCACCUGGAAAGAAGAUGUUAAAAAUUCCUUACAACAAUCACUACAAAUAAGUUUACAAAAAAGAAAAUAUGAAUUUUCUCUAGCUGAAAAAUUGGUUAAAUCUCUGGAUACCAAGAAUAAAUCUGACAAAAAAGACAUUGAAAGUGACACUAAUAAUUCAACAAUAGAGAAUGAUGCAAUCAUUAGCCAAAGUGGGGCAGUUAUUGAUGAUGAUAUGAUUAAGUUAUUGCCAAGAGAAAAAAAGAAAAUUGAUUGGCAAAAUAAAUUAUUUCUUAGUCCUCUAACUACUGUAGGUAAUUUACCAUUUAGAAGAAUUUGCAAACAAUUCGGAGCUGAUAUCACAUGUGGUGAAAUGGCAUUAUGUGAAUCUUUAUUAAAAGGUCUAAAACAAGAAUGGGCACUGGUUAAAAGACAUGAAUCAGAAGAUAUAUUUGGAGCUCAAAUAUGUGGUAACAAUGCUUAUGGAAUUGCAAAAGUAGCUCAAUUGUUGCAAGAAAAUACAGAAUUAGAUUUUAUUGACCUCAAUCUUGGAUGUCCAAUAGAUUUAAUUUAUAAGAAAGGUGGAGGCAGUGGGAUGAUGCACAGAAUGCCUGCUUUAGAAGCAUCAGUUAGAAGUGCUUCAAGUCUAUUAAAUAUACCAUUUACUGUAAAAAUGCGGACUGGUAUAUACCAAGAUAAAAAAAUAGCACAUAAUAUUAUUCCAAAAGUAGUAAAUUGGGGUGCUGCUCUAAUAACACUACAUGGCAGGUCUAGAGAAGCAAGAUAUACAAAAUUAGCUGAUUGGGAUUAUAUAGAAUCUUGUGCUAAAAUAGUUUCACCUUGUCCUGUUUUUGGUAAUGGUGAUAUUCUAAGUUAUGAAGACUAUGUAUACAGAAGAGAAGUAGCUCCAACAGUUCAAGGUGUCAUGAUUGGUAGAGGUGCAUUAAUAAAGCCAUGGAUAUUUACAGAAAUAAAGGAACAGAAAUUGUGGGACAUUAGCAGUAAUGAAAGAUUUGAUAUAAUCAAAAAAUUCACUAAUUUUGGUUUAGAGCAUUGGGGUUCAGACACACAAGGUGUAGAAAAUACAAGACGCUUUCUACUUGAGUGGCUUUCAUUUUUAUAUCGCUAUAUACCUGUUGGAUUGCUAGAAAGACCUCCCCAAAAAAUUAAUGAAAGGCCUCCAUUGUACUUUGGUCGCAAUGAUUUAGAAACUUUAAUGGCAUCUGGAAACUGCGCUGACUGGGUAAAGAUUAGUGAAAUGUUACUAGGUCCAGUUCCUGAUGGAUUUCAAUUUUUGCCUAAACACAAAGCUAAUUCUUAUCAAUGAUUGGUAUAUUAUAUUUUGUUGUUAUUUGAAUUAAAAAUUACUUUUAUUA